AUUUUAUCGAAUAACACAUUAAUAUAACACUGUAAUAUUAUAUAUAUAGAGACAAAAAUUAAAAUUCCAGUGCUAUAGUUUAUCCAAAAUUUUAGUAAAAAUUAACAAUUAUAAAAUUUUAACAAUUAUAAAAGAUAAAACAUAUAGUUUAUAUAACCACUCAUAUAAUGUCUAAAUAAAACAAAUAUAAGUAAGAUAACAUUACAUUAUUUCAUACUUAACAAAAAGUUUAUAUUGUUUAUUGCUGAUGACAAGAUCCAAAUAUAUUCUGUUGGAUGCCUAAAUUUAAAACUUUUGAGUUUUAGCUAUAAAUAUAUUUUUACUAAAAUGAAAGAUUCAUAACUCGGACCAUGUCUAAUGAAACAUUAAUGUUACUCUUAACAAUUAUAUCACAGAAUAUCGACUCCUAAAUAUAUCAAAUAAUUUACGCUUAUAGUAUGGGCUUUACCAUCUUUAUUCCAAUGUCGGUCUUACAUAAUCUAACAAAUAAAUUAUAUGGUCGACAUGUCUAUCUAAAUCAAAAAUAAGUAAUCUAUCAAAAAAUCGAAUCUCAGUAACCUAUCAUUUUAAGCCAGCGCAUAUAUUCUACACAGAGAAAUUAGGAAUAUAAUCUAUAGAAAAAAGGAAGUUAUAGAUUUGUUUUUGAAUUAACAUAUCCCAGACGUGGCAGAAAAUUAGUGAUUAAUAAGAAGAUAAUCAUGUGUACAAGAUAAAGUUGCAAGGUUAUAUAACCACUCAUAUCGUGUGAAGAAAACAUUCAAAGUUUAAAAUAACAUAAAUAUUUUGUACUUUAAAAGAGAUUUUGUUCCGUGUUCAUUGCCGGCCUGAGAUCUAGCAUCUGAUAUUCGACAUCUGACAUCCGACAUUGUAAGAAUAUAAAUCUUUUCCUCUUUUGUCGAUCUGGUUUUUAAACGUUUUGUUUCUUAGAUCUUUGUUAAUGGUGUUGGUUUCUGAGUUUAAUUUAAUUAACAAUUACUUUUUCUUGAUUUUGUUGUACGUAGAACUAUGAAUUGACUCGGAAAGUUGGUAAUGAUUUAUUAUUCUUUUUUUUUAUUUGAUAAUUUUUUGUUCUUUUUAUUUUGUAAUUUAUUGUUGAUAAUUUUCAUAACUAAAAGUGAAUUAAACUAUUUUAUUUGUUGUUCAUAUAUUAUCGACAAUAUAUUUAAAUUAUCUCAGCGUUGACACAUAAAAUUUUUAAACUCUAAAGCAUUAUAUAUGUAAAACACACAAAUGUAAAAAGCAUAGUAGAAAGUAAAAUAUAUAUCUAUGUAGAUAGCUAAUUAGCUGUAUGUGAGACAUGACAAAUGAAUUUGUGUUCUAAAUAUUUUCUUUUUGAAGGAAACAACAUAGCAUACAAAUAAAUAAAUAAAUAUAUUGUAUACACAUAUUAACUUAAUAUAUAAUACAAUAUAUUACUUAUUCCAGUUUAAAUUUUGAUAGUUUUUUAAUACUCAAUAAAUUUAUAGUUGCAUAUAAUUUUACUUUUAGUUAUAUAUGUAUUUGUAAACUACAAAUAAAUAAAUCAAUAAAUAAUAUAUAAUUAAUGUUUGAGACCAAACCCAAAUAUGUCAUCUAUAAAAAUGUCAAAUUUUAAUAAUAUAUAUUUUCAAACCAAGACAUCAUAAUUCUAUGUUUAAAAAAAAUACAGUAUGAUAAUUAUGAUAGAUUAUUAUUGAUAAUAAAAUAAAUAUAUUUUUGAUCAAUCUAAAUAUAUUUUAAGAGAAUUAUUUUGUUAGUGACUUUAAUUUAAUUGAUGGCUAGAUCAUGAUGAUUCACUAUUUUUUUUUUGACAAUUUGCUAUUAAAUGAUUUAUGAUUAAAAAUACAUAUGAUUUAUAUUUGUUUGCUGUUCAUAUAUGUUGUGGACUACAUAUGAAAAGUGCAAACCAUGUUUAUAUAUAACUCUAUAAACAUGACUCAUGUAAAAUAAUAAUCUAGAAGAAAGUUAGAGAAGCUAUAUAUAUAUAUCGCGAAUUUAUAAAAUGUAUCACACUUAGACCAGAAAAAGUUUGAGGAGUGUGGGAGGGAGAGAGAUGGCCUUCUCUGGCCUUCUUCCCCGAAGAGUAGAGAUAAAAAACUCUCUCCCUCUCUCUCUCCUGCAACUUGUUCGCUCGUUUUGUUUAGCUAAAGGUAGCUCACAGCAAUGGAGAUGGUGGGAAAAGUCGUUAGGAAGGAGAUCGACGGGGUCGGGUUCUGCUUCGGUACGGUGCAAUCCUACGAUCCUUCUGGAUUUUACGUGAUCGUGUACGAGAAUGGCGUUACGGAGACUUCGAGUUUGACCGAGUUUGCUGCUCUCGUGGUGGGAGAAGACCAAUUCGAGGAAGCGCAAACGCCGGUUCAAGUGAAUCUUCCUAAGAAGAUCAGGAAGCGGCCUCCGGAUAAUAUCAACCGAUGCAGUGAUAUGUUGCCGAACGAGGUCAAUGUGAUGAGGGAUGUCGAUUUGAACGAAGAGAUUCCGGAGGAGGAUGCUGGGGUUGGUGAUGGCGGUUUGAGAGGGAAUCUUGAUUUGAAUCGUGCACCUGUGGAGGCUCUAGAUUUGGAUUUGAAUACGGCUGUGCCGGAAGCUGAUGAAGGUUUGGGUUAUGAGGAGAAUCCUAGUAACAAAAGGAGGAGAUUGAUUGAUCUGAACGUGGAUGCGAGCUGUGAUUUGGAGGAUGCUGAGGUCCGUGAUUUGAAUGCUGACGAGAGGGAGGGAUGGUUUGAUUUGAACCUGGAGAACAGCGAUGGUGACGUACUCGUUCAGAUGAAUGGAUAUGGCGAAGUUCAAGAAACCAACGUGCAGGAUGAAAACGGUGUCCAAGAUGAUCUUGAGGCUGGAGGAUUUGAAGAAGUCCACGUUGCUGACGUAUCCAGCGGUCAGAUUUUGGAGGAGAACAGUGUUUCACCGCAAGAUCUCAAUGCUCCUGAUGCUAAUGGAGCUGAGGGGGAUCAUGAUCUUCCUGAGCAUAACAGUGCUUCACUGCCAGAUCUCAAUGCUCCUGAUGCUAAUGGAGUUGAGAGGGAUCAUGAUCUUCCUGAGCGUAACAACGUUUCACCGCAAGAUCUCAACGCUCCUGAUGCUAAUGGGGCUGAGGGGGAUCAUGUUCUUCCUGAGCAUAACAGUGUUUCACUACAAGAUCUUAAUUCUCCUGAUGCUAAUGGAGCUGAGGGGGAUCAUCAUCUUUUUGAGCAUAACAGUGCUUCGCUACCAGAUCUCAAUGCUUCUGAUGCUAAUGGAGCUGAGGGGAAUCAUCAUCUUCCUGAGCGUAACAGUGUUUCACCGCAAGAUCUCAACGCUCCUAAUGCUAAUGGAGCUGAAGGGGAUCUUCAUCUUCCUGAGCAUAACAGUACGUCACUGCCAGAUCUCAAUGCUCAUGAUGCUAAUGGAGCUGAGGGGGAUCAUCAUCUUCCUGAGCGUAACAUUGUUUCACUGCAAGAUCUCAAUGCUUCUGAUGCUUAUGGAGCUGAAGGGGAUCAUCAUCUUCCUGAGCAUAACAAUGCUUCACUGCCAGAUCUCAACGCUUCUGAUGUUAAUGGAGCUGAGGGGGAUCAUCAUCUUCCUGAGCAUAACAGUGCUUCACUGCCAGAUCUCAACGCUCAUGAUGCUAAUGGAGCUGAGGGGGAUCAUCUUCCUGAGCAUAACAAUGCUUCACUGCCAGAUCUUAAUGCUUAUGAUGCUAAUGGAGCGGAGGGAGAUCAUCAUCUUCCUGAGCAUAACAGUGCGUCACUGCUAGAUCCCAACGCUCAUGAUGCUAAUGGGGCUGAGGGGGGUCAUCAUCUUCCUGAGCGUAACAUUGUUUCACUGCAAGAUCUCAAUGCUCCUGAUGCUAAUGGAGCUGAGGGGGAUCAUCAUCUUCUUGAGCCUAACAGUGCUUCACUGCCAGAUGUCAACGCUCCUGAUGCUAAUGGGGCUGAGGGGAAUCAUGUUCUUCCUGAACAUAACAGUGGUUCACUGCCAGAUCUCAAUGCUCCUGAUGCUAAUGGAGCUGAUGGGGAUUAUGUUAUUCCUGAUCAUAACAGUGUUUCACCACAAGAUCUCAACGCUUCUGUUGCUAAUGGUGCUGAGGGGGAGCAUCAUCUUCCUGACCAUGUUGCUAACUCUGUUGAUAAGUUUCUCUCUGAUAAGGAUCAUGAUCUUCCUGUCAGUAGCACUGUUACAGCUUGCUUAGCUGAUGAAGUAUCGCCUGCUCUGUCAGUUAAUUGUGUGACAGCCGAGAAAAAUUGGAUCGUUGAGAGGAUCUCUUUGCUUCCGCCAAAGCCACAGUUACCUCCAUCCUCGCCUAAUUUGAAUUUGGAUGGUCUUCCCAUUCCUUAUGUCUUUGCUACUUACACUUUUCUGCGAUCCUUCAGUACCGUGCUGUUUUUGAGUCCCUUUGAGUUGAAGGAUUUUGUGGAAGCGCUGAGGUGCACGUCUCCUAGUCUACUGUUUGACAGCAUUCAUGUUUCCCUCUUGCAAAUACUAAGAAAAGAUUUGGAAAAACUCGCUGGUGAAGAUGACCAGUCUGCGACUCUUUGCCUGAGGAGUCUUGAUUGGGACAUGUUGGAUGUGGUUAAUUAUCCCCUUUAUGUAGUCGAGUACCUGCUAUUUUCUGGUUCUAAGCACGGCCCUGGAGUGGAUCUAGCUCGGUUUAACUUUUUCAGAAAUGAGUACUUCAGACUGCCCAUGACUCUGAAAACUGAGAUACUUACCUGUUUGUGUGGUGAUAUGAUGGAUGCUGAAGUUGUGAUAUCAGAGCUUAAUAAAAGAUCUGCUGAUGGUUCCUCUGACAGGAACGGUGGUGAAGACUGUUUUAUUUGUAAAAUGGAUGGUAAGUUAGUGUGCUGUGAUGGUUGUCCAGCUGCCUAUCAUUCUAAGUGUAUUGGUGUUGCCUUGGACCUUUUGCCUGAGGGUGCCUGGUACUGCCCUGAAUGUUCAUUUGACCGGCGUGUGCCAGGAUUGAAGCCUGCAAAGCAAAUUCGAGGAUCACAGCUUAUAGAGAUUGAUCCCCAUGGCCGAAAGUACUACAGCAGUUGUGGCUACUUAUUGGUGAUCGAUAGCGACGGUUCAGGCUCAGCGAACUACUACCAUGCAAAUGAUGUGAUGCUUGUGCUGGAGCAGCUCAAGUCAUGCGGUAUUUUCUAUGUUGACGUAACAACUGCAAUUAAAAAGCACUGGAACAUCCCUGUUACCGAACCAGAUAUCCUUAAUAUGAGUUCUGAAGGAUCUGCCGAAACUGCAAACAAUGGUUUGGAUGUCAUGGAAGAGACAAAUAUGAUGAACACAAGGGAAGAAGUUAGACCUAAUGCGCAGAGUGAAUCGGGCUACAGAAACCAGUACUUAUUUGCUCAGUUGACUACAGCAAUUUCUGAAGAGAUGGCACGUAACUCACCUGACCGUGCUAAUGAUAUGAGAUCUGAUGAAGAGAUAGCGUCGACCCAGCUGAAGACUAUAUUGAUGAAAGCCAACAAAUUUCAGUGGCGAAGCAUCCAAGGCCUCUACCUAGAUGCAUGGAAAGAAAAAUGUGGAUGGUGUCAUUCUUGCAAGUUUGGGGAUGCCAGGAGGGAGAAAAUUUGUUUUUUUAAUAUGAGUCUCGGGGCUUUACGGGGUCCUUCGGAAAGUGAGAUUGCCAACAGUCAACCCACUGAUAACAAAAGUCAUCUUAUGGCUAUCAUAUCGCAGCUAUUAUCCAUGGAAAGUCGAUUGCAAGGUCUUUUGGUUGGUCCAUGGUUGAAUCCACAGUACUCCAGUAUUUGGCGUGAAAACAUUCUGAAAGCAUCAAGCAUAUACAGCUUGAGACAUUCAUUGGUUGAAUUUGAGGCGAAUUUGCAUCAUCUUGUUCUUUCACCUCAGUGGCUAAACCAUGUCGAUUCUGCCGUAGAAAUGGGCUCGUCUAAACAUGUUAUCAUUGCUUCCACACGAUCAUCGUCAAAGACUACCAUUGGUAAAAGAAGGGGGACAUCGUUGGAGUCUGGGGUUAACCCUACUACUGCAAAGAAUAAUGGUGGAUCUCCCAUGUGUUGGUGGAGAGGCGGCCAACUUUCACGGCAGUUAUUCAACUGGAAGGUUUUGCCUAGCUCUUUGGUCUCGAAUGCUGCUAAACAAGGUGGAAGUGUGAAUAUUCCAGGAAUAAUGUAUCCUACUGAGAGUUCAGAGCCCGCUAAGAGAAGCCGACGUGUUGCCUGGGAAGCAGCUGUUGAGUCAUCCACGACUUCAGAGCAGCUCGGUGUUCAGGUGAGGACACUCCAUUCUUACAUAAAGUGGGAUGAUGUUGAGAACAGUCAUCUUCUUCUUGCAUCGGACAAAGAAUCCAAAAAAUCUGCCAGGCUGUUCAAAAAAGUGAUUGUCCGUGGGAAGUGCAUAGAGGAAGAGACUGUUGAGUAUCUCCUUGACUUUGGUCAAAAGAGAUCUAUUUAUAUUCCGGAUGUUGUAUUGAAGAAUGGUCGGAUGAUUGAAGAAUCCUCGGGUGAAAGAAGAGAGUACUGGCUGAAUGAAUCAUAUGUGCCUUUACAUCUGCUGAAAGGAUUUGAAGAGAGAGAAGCUGUACGAAAAACUAGUAACCCAGGAGGCUCUUUUAGACACCCUGAGAUAGAACAAGUACGGAAAAGGUCCUCAGAGAGAAAAGGAUUGUCAUACCUGUUUGAAAGGGCAGAAAGACCCGAGUCUUCUUUGUGUGAGCAAUGUAAGGAACAUGUGCCUUUGAGUGAUGCUGCGUGCUGCCACAUCUGCAAAAAAUCAUUUCACAAAGAGCAUAUCAGGAGAGCGGACGAGGAAGGCAUGUACAUCUGUCUUCCAUGCAAAAGAGCAGAGCUAGCAGAAGAACAACCCAUCGUACAGAGAAGAAGCCGCCCCGCAGGGAGUCAACGUAAUAAAACUGGAGCUCGGACACAAAAGCGUAAAACGGUCAUACCUGCUCGCAACUCACUUCGGCUAAAGGCAGGGAGAAUAUCCUUUAGGGGUAAGAAACAUAAAAAGGUUGCUGCAAGCAAACCACUGCGACGUUCAGGGAGGCAAACGAAGCAGGUUAUUCGGCUGCAGGAUGAAAGUCAAGUUCCUGGAGGGAGUGAGAAACGGAAGCUGGAAACUGUGGGAGACAGAGGCAGUGCUAAGAAAGCAAGACAAGAAAGGUGCUCGACCUAUUGGUUGAAUGGACUCCGCUUAUCAAGAGAGCCUGGUGAUGAACGGAUCAAUAAGUUCUCGAGAGAUGGAUUUUCUAAACCUUUGAAGAACUCGGGUGCUGUUCAAGUUCGAGGUGAGUGUCGUUUAUGCGGCUCCAUGGACUCUGAAUCCGGAUCAACUCUCAUCGCCUGUGAAAAUUGUGAAAAAUGGUACCAUGGAGAUGCAUGUGGGAUUAACGAGACGAAUUCAAGUAUGGUGAUUGAAUUCCGGUGCCAUAUCUGUCGACAGACGCCUUCACCCUCAUGUCCACCUAUGUAAUCUUACUACUUCCCUUGCCCCAUCCUAAGCUGUGAGUUUGUUAUGAUAGAAUAUUCUUAGGCUGGGGAUCAAGCUGGGAGAAUUAGGUAGGGGAAGGUGUAACUUGGAGAUGUCUAUUGCGUAAGUGAAUCAAGGGAAAGGAGUAACAGAAGAGGAAACAGUUUGGAGAUAGUAUGAAGUUAGUUUUGCUUGUUGGGACUGCUAACUUGGAUGAGUAGGUACUAAAGUGAAGUGUUUGACUUUAAGAGUUAAGAGUGAACAAAUAUGAGAUUCAAGAACCAGAGAUAAUUUUUAUCAUAUGAUUUCUUUUUCUUUUUCUUUUUUCUUUUUAUUAUGGAGGAACUUGGUAAACAAGUGAAAGUAUGUAAUAAAGAAUGUUGAAUUUAUUUUCUAUCGAAAUACUUUGGUAAA